AUGCUUCCAAAAAUCGCCAAAGCUACAGCCCUCCUGGCGUUUUUGCCAGCAGCGGCGUCUUGGGCAUUGCCCGGCGAAGCUAUCAACUUAAACACGCCAUCUGCUCUGAAAGUGCCAUGGAAAGAAAGAGGUCUUUAUUCUGACUCUGCUGCUGUCAAAAGCGACGGCGAUGGCUACUCAACACGCUGUAACCAUGGACCGGCGGCGAGGUCUUGCUGGAAGGAUGGUUACAGCGUUGAUACUGACAUGGAUCUCGAAUGGCCAACGACUGGAAAUGUUGUAAAGUACCGUUUUGAAAUCACCAAUGAAACUAUGGCGCCUGAUGGCUUCGAGCGACCAAUGAUGGUGAUCAAUGGCCAGUAUCCGGGGCCGACCAUAGAAGCGAAUUGGGGAGAUGAAAUCGAAGUGACAGUAAUAAAUCACCUCGAGAACAAUGGAACUGGUCUCCACUGGCACGGGAUGCGACAACUCGGAUCAAACGAGAUGGAUGGCAUCAAUGGUAUUACCGAGUGCCCCAUCGUACCAGGAGGUACCAAGGUCUACAGAUUCAAAGCCACGCAAUAUGGCACAUCGUGGUACCAUUCGCAUUAUUCCGUCCAGUACGGAGACGGUCUGACCGGCCCAGUCAUCAUCCAUGGUCCUGCAACAAGCGACUAUGACAUUGACCUUGGAGUACUGCCCUUCACUGAUUGGUUUCAUGCAACAGCCUUCACAGUCAACCAGGCUACUCUCCACGCGAAGGGGCCACCGACUGCAGACAAUUUGCUUGUAAACGGAUCCAUGACAUCAACUUCAGGAGGACAGUACGCAGUAACGACUUUGACGCCAGGAAAGACUCACCGGCUUCGUCUCGUCAACAUGGGCAUCAACAACUGGGUCCACGUUGGAAUUGACGGUCAUCCUUUCACGGUCAUUGCAGCAGAUUUUACUACACUUGAGCCAUUCCAGGCUACCUCACUCAAUAUCGCAGUUGGACAACGGUACGACGUCAUUAUCAACGCAACCCAGGCUAUUGGUAACUAUUGGCUCCGCGUUGGUACAGGUGGACGCUGUGAUGGACCGAACGCAAAUGCAGCGAACAUUGGCAGCAUCAUCCGUUACGCAGGCGCCAAAAACGCAAAUCCAAACUCAACGGCUGCGGCGUCUCUACCCGCCGGAUGCUAUGACGAGGUCAUUGUUCCUCACGUCAAGACUAAUGUUCCUCAAAAGGUACCCGAGGAGCUGAAGCUCACUUUUACUGACACCGGCGGCAAGGAUGGCAGCGACCUUGUUCAGUGGAAGAUCGAUGGUGUCCCAAUGCUGAUCGACCUCGACAAGCCCACUCUGCAGACAGUUUUCGAAGGCUUUACCGGCAACCAGACCUGGGGCAAGACUGAGAAUGUGAUCGAAGUCGGUAGUUCAGGGCACUCAUGGCAAUACUGGGUCAUUCAGCAAGAUAGCGCGACCGCGCCCCCUGUUCCUCAUCCCAUCCAUCUGCACGGCCACGACUUCUUUGUAUUGGCACAGCAGGCCAAUGCAGUUUGGAGCGGCGACAUCUCGACUCUGAAGAUGAACAACCCAAUUCGACGUGACACAGCUACGCUCCCUGCAUUAGGAUACCUCGUUCUCGCGUUCGAGUCGGACAACCCUGGUGCAUGGCUGAUGCACUGCCAUAUCCCCUUUCACAUUUCUGCCGGCCUUGGCGUCCAGUUUGUUGAGAGAAAAGAUGAAAUUUUGAAGAGCAACGGUAAUUUGGGUGCAAUGCAGCAGGGCUGUGCAGACUGGCAGAAGUUUCACAGGGAAUACUACCCCAACGGGAUAUUGACUGAGGGUGAUUCCGGACUAUGA